AUGGAAUUCCUUCUGCUGUCUCUGGCGCUUGGUGCUUUUAUCCUAUGGUGGAUGUUUUCUUCCCCUAAAAGACUGAGGGAAUUAGGUAACCGCUUUCCUGGUCCAAGAACAUAUCCAAUUGUUGGCAACAUAUUCAACUUUCAGAUCAUUGGACCUAAUGCUCCACAGUGUUGGUCAAAUUUCUCAAAGAAAUAUGGAUACACUAUGAGAUUUUGGCUGGGACCAGAACUGCAUAUUUUUGUAUCUGAACCAGAUGAUAUGCAGAUGAUUCUAUCCAGUCAGACACUGAUAACUAAAUCAACUUCUUAUAAAUUAUUAGAUUCUUGGCUUGGUAUGGGACUCCUUUUAUCCACAGGUAAUUUAUGGCAAAUGAGACGUAAAGCUAUUACACCAACCUUUCAUUUUAAGAUUCUCGAAAAGUUUAUACCAACAUUCAACAAAUGUGCAAACACUCUUGUGAACUGUCUAAAGGAUAAAGCUGAUAAGGGUUAUUUCAACAUAAUAGAUUACAUGUCCAACUGUGCUCUCGAUGCUAUAGCAGAAACUGCGAUGGGCACUGAGAUAAAAGCCCAAACCAACCCAUUAGAGAAAUACCCAAGAUCUCUGUCCAGAAUGACUAAAUAUCUGAUUGAGCGGGUUAGAAACCCUCUGCUGAGUAUGGAACCUAUUUAUACACUCUCUGGACGAAGAAAGGAGGAGGCAAAACACCUGGAUGUUCUUUUUUCACUCCCUCUUGAAGUACUUGAAAAAAAGAAAAAUGAAAAAAUUAACACUUUAAAUGAGACAGAACCAUUGGAAGAGGAUUAUGGUGCUAAGAAGAAGACUGCAUUCUUGGAGAUGCUUCUUGAAAUGAAACAAAAAAAUAUUCCAGGUUUCCGAUCUGAUAAAGACAUUAAGGAUGAAGUAAUGACUUUCAUGUUCGAGGGCCAUGAUACUACAACUACAGUAUUAAGCUAUACAAUCUGGCUUAUUGGAAUGCAUCCAGAUAUACAGGAAGAAUUGUAUAAAGAUUUAAAAGAAAUUACAGAGGAUAGUGAGCUGACUAUUGAUGUAUACCAUAAGAUGCAUUAUUUAGAAAGGAUAAUAAAGGAAUCAUUAAGGCUCUAUCCACCAGUACCAGCUUUUGGACGGCUAGCAACACAAGACAUUGUCCUUCCUACCAGUGGAUAUGUUAUACCAGCAGGAGCACAGGUCGACUUAGUUGUCUACUUGCUGCAUAGAAGGGAAGAUUUAUUUCCAGAGCCAGAGAAGUUCAACCCAGAUCGGUUUUUGGAACCUGCCAAGCAUCCUUUUGCUUACAUUCCCUUCUCAGCAGGGCCUCGGAACUGUAUAGGUCAAAAAUUUGCCAUGUUGGACCUGAAAGCCAUAAUAUCACAUGUUGUAUUGAACUAUAAGAUAGAAUCUGACAGCAACCUUGAAGUAAAUCCAGAAAUGCUUCUUCGUACAUCAAAAGGCCCAAAUGUCAAACUGACAGCAAGGAAUCAAUAA